AUGGGUCUCUUCGUUCGUCUGUUUGGCACGCUUUUGGCGGCCAGCACUGUGUUGCAGCCAUGUCUGGGACAGUCCGGUACCCCGGUGGUGUAUACAGAUCCCGACACUGGCAUCGUGUUUGAUACAUGGAAGAUCCCAGCCGGCACUGUGACGGGGGGUAUGACCUUUGGUGUUGCCCUGCCCAGCGACGCAUUGACGACUGAUGCCACCGAGUUCAUCGGCUAUCUGGAAUGUGCCCUUGAUGCAUCCGCGGGCGGAUGGUGCGGUCUGUCCCUGGGUGGUAGCAUGACGAGCAACUUGCUUUUCAUGGCGUAUCCUUAUGAGGACACCGUCUUAACCUCUCUCCGAUUUGCCUCGGGUUAUGUCAUGCCAGACGUUUACGCCGGGAAUGCCACGGUUACCCAGAUCAGCUCGACUGUGAACUCCACGCACUUCACCCUCCUGUUCCGAUGUGAAGGCUGUUUGUCGUGGAAUCAUAACGGACAGACAGGCUCUGCAAGCACCAGCGCGGGUCGGUUGGUCUUGGGUUGGGCGCAGGCUACGGAGAGCCCGACCAACCCUUCUUGCCCCGAUGACAUUUCUCUGGUGCAGCAUGAUAGCGGGUCGAUCUGGGUGGCGACUCUGGACAAGAAUGCCGCCAGCGCAUCGUAUGAGGAAUGGACCGCUUUGGCCAACAAGACCGUCCCCGGAGACUGCUCCGGCGAUGGCGGUGGGGGCUCUGGUCCCGAGCCUGUUCCUGUCCCUGACGGUGCGGCAUAUGAUUACAUCAUUGUUGGCGGAGGCGCAGGUGGACUCCCGCUCGCUGAUCGACUGAGUGAAGCCGGCCAUAAGGUGCUGCUGAUCGAGAAGGGUCCCCCUUCAUCGGGACGAUGGGGCGGAACAAUGAAGCCCGCCUGGCUGGACGGCACCAAUCUGACUCGCUUUGAUGUCCCAGGCCUGUGCAACCAGAUCUGGCAUGACUCCACGGGGAUUGCGUGUGAUGGUGUUGACCAGAUGGCCGGAUGCGUUCUCGGUGGCGGCACCGCCGUCAACGCGGGACUCUGGUGGAGACCUUACCCACUCGACUGGGACGUGAAUUUCCCCUCGGGAUGGCAGUCGGGAGACAUGCUGGCGGCCACAAACCGGGUGUUUUCGCGAAUUCCAGGCACUAUCACCCCAUCCACGGACAGCCGCCUGUAUCUGCAACAGGGGGCCAAUGUUCUGUCGAACGCCUUGCUUGCGGGAGGGUAUCGCUCCCUGAGCCUCAACGACAACCCUGACCAGAAGAACCACACUCUAGGCCAUACCCCGUACAUGUUUUCUCACGGAGAGCGAGGUGGUCCGCUUGCAACGUAUCUUGUUUCGGCCAGUGGAAGAGACAACUUUGAUCUGUGGUUGAACACCACGGUCAAGCGAGUGAACUCCUCCGACGGGGAGACGAUGAUUGAAGAAUCGCAGUGGAUCGAGCUUCCUGUGGGCGAGAAUCUCAUCGACCACACUAACACUGACCUGGUCUUUACGCAUCCCGAUGUCGUCUUCUACGACUUUUACGCGGCGUGGGAUUCGCCGAUUGAGACCGAUGCCCAAAGCUAUCUGAACAACCGCGCCGGAAUCCUCGCCCAAUCCGCGCCAAAUAUCGGCCCUAUUUUCUUCGACGAGGUCACCGGCUCUGACGGCGUCACCCGGCAGUUGCAGUGGACCGCACGCAUGGAAGGGUCCCACGAUAUCCCCGACGGACAUGCAAUCACUGUCAGUCAAUACCUGGGCCGCGGUAUGAGCUCGCGUGGCCGAAUGACCCUUAGUGCCAGCUUGGACACUACGGUGUCGACACUGCCGUGGCUUCGUGAUCAAGCCGACGUCGAUGCUGUCAUCAAGGGCAUUGAGAACCUCAAAGCUAGACUGAGCCGCAGCAACGUGACAUGGGCCUACCCGGCCAGCAAUGUAUCCAUCGCUGACUUUGUUAACGAUUUGCCAAUUACUGCCUCAACGCGACGCGCCAACCACUGGAUGGGCACCUGUAAGCUGGGCACGGACGAUGGUCGCAACGGGGGUACUUCGGUGGUUGACCUCAACACGAAAGUGUAUGGGAUGGACAAUCUGUUUGUGGUCGACGCUAGCAUUUUCCCCGGCAUGGUGACGACCAACCCUUCGGCCUAUAUCGUCACUGUUUCGGAGCACGCUGCCGACAAAAUUUUGGCCUUGUAA